UAUUACAUCAUAACACAUCAGUGACCGCUUUAAUAAAACGCUUUGGUGGCCGAGGCGGCGCUAGUAAAUGUAAAAUCAAGUGAUUCUUCUAUUGCAUUCGAUGACUUAUUGCGGUGAUGUGCGUGAUGAAAACAUUUCGAUUUAUGGUACUUUGACGGGCCAAAGCGAUGAUUAUUUGGAAACUUAUUUGUCAAUCUUCUACACCCUUGUUUACAUGAUCAUAUUUGAUAAUCAGCGGAUUCAUCAAAUUAUAAAUACACAGAUGACGGUCAGUGAAAAUAAAAAAAAUAUCAUUGGCUAUUUUGGAACAUCGAGGCUAAUGUACUAAUCGUUUAUAUUUAAAUCUAAAAUACUUAACCCACGAUAGGUGGUCACGUCUGUGAGGAUUUUCUGCAUUCAUUAUUUUAAACUCUACUACCAAUUCAUUUGUAGUUCUUUGUACUUGGUACUAAAGCACACAAACAAAUCAUGCAAAACCAUAUCGGUUUAAACAUUUUAUAACAUUUUCAUUGUAAUAAUAUGUAAGAAGAAUGGAGGAAAUUUUAUUCCGGCUCGGCAGCCAGAUCGAGGCUCUACAGGUUGCGAGCUCAGCAACUGCACAACAAGCCUAUCAGUGGUUAAUGCCCUGGUUGGCUCCAGGUCAGCAAUACCUCCAAAAUAUUUACAAUAAUCAGUAUGCUCAACAGAUCAAGGGGGCAGGAUCCUGGAUAAUAAAUUUUUUUAACAGAUCGCUGGAACUAAUAAAGUUUCAGUUUCGUUGUGCACAAAUAAAUACUAGGAAUUUUUACCAGCAUAUUGGGAUUUUAUAUUUAAAUGAUGUUUCGAGGAGGGACAUUGCAUUUUGUGCUUUGGGUAUAACAAUAGGUACUUUAAUCGGAUAUAACAUCGGGUUAAAUUGGAGACAAACGUCAAAACGUACACAAUAUAUGAAAGCAAUUAUUUGUCAUCAUUACGUAGGAAUUGAGGGAGUUGCAGUAAUUGACGAUGCUGAACUUCCAAUUAUACAACGAUCGAACGAGGUUCUAAUUCAAGUAAAAGCAGCAUCAGUGAAUCCAGUGGAUGUGAAGAUAUGUUCUGGUUACUCGAAAUAUUACCGAAGGAUUUUCAAUCAUGGGAACGAUCUUCCAAUUGUCCUGGGUCGUGACUGCUCUGGCGUUGUGAUAGAUAUUGGUCAAGAUGUUAUGGGUCUUGAUAUUGGUGACGAGGUUUUUUUGUCUACACCAUCGUGGGGAGUUGGCACAAUGGCUGAAUAUAUUGUUGUUACCGAAAAACGAGUGGCUAAAAAACCUAAACGAAUCACAUUUGAGGCAUCCGCUAGUUUACCAUACGCUGGAUGUAUCGCUUGGGAUUCUCUGGUUAAUAAAUCACCAGUUGAAGAAGGAAAUGCCAAAGGGAAAAGAUUCUUAGUUUAUGGCGGUUCCACGCCAGUUGGAUGCAUAUUAAUUCAAUUAAUUAAACUAUGGGGAGGCUAUGUUUCUGUAAUAUGUAGAGCAGAUGCUGUAAAAGUAAUAAAAGCUCUUGGAGGUGAUGACAUUAUUUCUGUCGAAAAUUCUGACAUAGAAAUGGAACUUGAACUACGUAAUAGAUAUCAUGCAGUUUUUCACACAAGCCAAGAGCCAAUUGAUAUUCGUAUUUUGAAGAAAAGAGUAAUAUCGUAUGGCUCAUUCGUAUCCACAUUACCCGAGCCACUUAUUUCAGAUUCCCUUGGUUUUUUCUUAGGGAAUCUCUUUGCUGCACAUUUACGGGUGAAACUUUUAUUUCAAUAUAUUUUUGGAAUUGAUUGUUAUCUCUACAAUGACGGAGCAAAGAUCAAGUCAUCAACAUUGGAGAUAAUUCGUGAACUAGUUGAUGCUGAUAAACUCCAGAGUGUUGUUUGUGCAGCAUUUCGUCCAAAUUAUGCUGAACAAGCCUUGCAACAUGUAUCAGGAUUAAACGCUAUUGGCAGUACUAUUAUCAAGUUCCAAUGAUACAAUGAUGAUACAAAUAUCAUCAUGACACAGCCGAGGAAAUAAUGUGUUAUAAAUUGUGCAAUGAAAGGACGAUUUGUAAGUAGAAUCGCGAUCUUCCAUUUUCGUUGUGUAAUCAAUUAGUAGAAAGUAAAAAUUUUAUUGUGCCUAAACCACUAAUGUUUUAUAAAGUAUUUUCAAUAAUAAAGUGAAUUAAAUAGACA